GACAGAUGGCCCUGGGGGGCGCGGGCCUGGCAGCAGGGCAGUGGGGCAGUGGUCCUCUCCUGGGCUCCCCAUCCGGCCUCCUUUGCUUUCUCUGCAGAGCGGCCACCAUGGGCUCGGUGGGUAGCCAGCGCCCCCGGGAGGCCAGCAUGGCGAGCACGCCGCACGGGAGCGUGGUGAUGAGCUUCAGCUUCGACAGCGGCCACCUGGAGGAGGCGGCGGCCGGGGCCACCCAGGCCCAGGGCGGUAGGACCAGGAGCAUCCCGAUUUUCACGGACUCUGAGGAGCCGGUGCCUGACGACCGCUACCACGCCAUCUACUUCGCGAUGCUGCUGGCUGGCGUGGGCUUCCUGCUGCCCUACAACAGCUUCAUCACCGAUGUGGACUACCUGCAUCACAAGUACCCAGGAACCUCGAUUGUGUUUGACAUGAGCCUCACCUACAUCCUGGUGGCGCUGGUGGCCGUGCUCCUGAACAACGCGCUGGUGGAGAGGCUGAGCUUGCACACGAGGAUCACCGCAGGUUACCUGUUAGCCUUGGGCCCCCUCCUCUUUAUCAGCAUCUGCGACGUUUGGCUGCAGCUCUUCUCUAGGGACCAGGCUUACGCCAUCAACUUGGCCGCUGUGGGCACCGUGGCCUUCGGCUGCACAGUGCAGCAAUCCAGCUUCUACGGGUACACAGGGAUGCUGCCCAAGAGGUACACGCAGGGGGUGAUGACAGGGGAGAGCACGGCGGGAGUGAUGGUCUCGCUGAGCCGCAUCCUCACCAAGCUGCUGCUGCCGGACGAGCGGGCCGGCACGCUCAUCUUCUUCCUGGUCUCCGCGGGCCUGGAGCUGCUCUGCUUCCUGCUGCACCUGCUGGUGCGGGGCAGCCGCUUCGUGCUCUACCACACGGCGCGGCCCCGCCACUGCCGCCCGAGCCGCAGGGCCGGCUACCGCGUGCACCACGACGUGGCCGCCGAGGACGUGCACUUUGAGCACCAGGGCCCAUCGCUGGCCAACGGCGGGUCCCCGAAGGACAGCCCGGCCCACGAGGUGACGGGCGGGUGCGCCUACACGCGCUUCGACGUUCCUCGGCCAAGGAUCAGGCGCAGCUGGCCCUCCUUCCGAGCCCUGCUCCUGCACCGCUACGUGGUGGCCCGCAUCAUCUGGGCGGACAUGCUCUCCAUCGCCGUGACCUACUUCAUCACGCUGUGCCUGUUCCCGGGUCUCGAGUCCGAGAUCCGCCACUGCAUCCUGGGCGAGUGGCUGCCCAUCCUCCUGAUGGCAGUGUUCAACCUCUCUGACUUCGUGGGCAAGAUCCUGGCGGCGCUGCCCAUGGACUGGCGGGGCACCCACCUGCUGGCCUGCUCCUGCCUCCGCGUGGUCUUCAUCCCCCUCUUCAUCCUCUGCGUCUAUCCCAGCGGCACACCCGCCCUCCGCCACCCGGCCUGGCCCUGCGUCCUCUCCCUCCUCAUGGGCAUCAGCAAUGGCUACUUUGGCAGCGUGCCCAUGAUCCUGGCGGCGGGCAAAGUGGGCCCCAAGCAGCGGGAGCUGGCAGGGAACACCAUGACCGUGUCCUACAUGACGGGGCUGACGCUGGGCUCGGCCGUGGCCUACUGCACCUACAGCCUCACGAGGGAUGCCCACCGGAGCUGCCUGCGCCCCUCCGCUGCCAACGCCUCCUUCCUGGCCGGCCUCUGAGCCCCACCCGGGGAGGGCCGCCGGGACUCCCCCCAUCCCUGCCUGUAGUGCCUGGGGGCGCCCAGCCGCCUCCCUGUGCUGAAGCCACCACCUUCUCCGGGCGAUCUGGCCCCAGGGCUCUGCCUGGCUCUCGGACAUGCUGCCCCGGGUGCAGCUGUGCUCCCGCUCCGUCUCACGCCUGCCCCCGCCCCCCACCCCUGUCUGGCGGGCCCUGCUCUGUGGGGUUACUCACAGCCGUCCCUGCCAGGGAGAGCAGACCGCCAGCCCGUGUCCCCUCCUGGGUCCGCUCUGAGGGCCCCACAGCCCUGACCCCACUGUCCGCGGCACCUCCUCCUCCACUGGGGACCCCGCUCCCACAGGCCUCCUCCCACACCCCUGCUACAAGGGAGCUGCAGCCUGGGUGCGCCCACCCCACGCCAGCACCACCCAGGCACCCUGGAACCCCCCUGACGCCACAGGCCUAGGGGUCUGUCUGCCCAGGGAGCCCGGUCGAUCUCCCCGUUUCCUCCAGCCACCUAUGGUACAGGAGGGGACAGUUUGAGAGCCACAAGCAGGGCCCAUAGCCUGGCUGGAGUCACACCCCUGACCUAGGCCUUGAGCCCUGUCCAGCGAGGGACAGAUGUGCCCAGGGGUCCCUGGCAAAUAGAAGGGGGGCUGUCCCUCCAGAGCUCCAGGCUGGCUCAGCACCCCGAGCUGGGGGAUUCCCCGGGCAUCCUGCCAGCAGCGGGCUUCUCCAGGGGCAGGACAGGCGCCCUCCCACCCCUUCCGGGUCCCGUCCACCUGUCAGUCCACUGACUGUACCGCACUGGCCAUUAAAGAUGAAGGCAGAGCCUCUGCCCCACC